UCCAGUCAGCCAUAAUCCAACCCCCGCGAGGAAUAUUCCACAUAAUUUACUCCGAACCGGCGGAUCUUGGUGUUUCACCUCUACGGCCUCGCUACUCACGAAGACGACCCUUCCCCGAGCUUCGAAAGGAGAGUACAUAUAAGCGGCCCACUCGCGACGGACUCUGGAUAUCAUGAACACCAACCCGCCUCAGCAUCUCACUCUUCCCGUGUCCCUAUCCCAAUCCAUAGCAAGUUUCCAGACGUCGACCGUCCACCGCCAGCACCUCCAGCCUUCAGCCAUCGGCGACAUGAGUUCACCCUUCAACCACCUGAACUCUGCGCAGCAGCAGCAGCAGCAGCAGCAAGACCACAGACCCAUCGACACCUACCGGUACACCGCGCACCAGGACCAGACCACGCUUGUUCUCGGCGUGAUGAACUACCUGGAGCGGCUCGAGACCGAGAUUGCCGAGAUGAAGGAUUUCAUCAACCUGGGAUUCAAACGGAUUGAGCCCACCGGGCAAGCGGAGGGCCGAAUCGCAGCCACGAUCGAGGACAUGCGCCUCCAGCACCGCAACUGGAACAGCGCCCAUGUCACCGAGCUCGACGAGCCGUUCCGCAUCCUGCCGCGCCUAACCGGCGACUAUCCUACCGACAUCCCGUCCACCGGCGAAGUGUUGCGCGAGGCUUCCCAUAAGGUGAUCGACCACAUCCUGGACGUGUACGACAUCCCGUUCGUGCCCACCAUGUUCUUGGUCGAGAAGAAGAUGCUGUACCUCCGGUUUCUGGGAGCGAACCGGGCAGUGAUGCACAGGAUCCUGGACUAGACGGGGUUGUUCAUACGAGGACCCAAGAGAGGGGCUCUUUUCUUCUUCUUUGCUUCGAUGGUGAUGGUGGUGGUGGACCCGCGAAUACGCGAGGGGUGUAAUUUGGAGGAUGCGGAUUUUUUUUAAUAACUUGUGUUUUUUGUUUCUGUUCAUGUUUGCUUUUUGUUCUUCUCUAUACACUGCGUAAUAUGUUGUACCUAUACUAGUAAUUAGACGUAUUAUCAUCUGGC